AUGCAGCAAAAUCAGGCAAGGUUCCCCCAGCAGCACCAGCAGCAGCCAGCGUGGCAGGAUCAGGGGCAACGGCCUACACGCCCGCAGCCACCUCCACCUCGGCAGCAGCCCCCUCCUAGACAGCAGUCGCCGGUGAGACAACCACCCCCACCACCCAGAAGAGGGGUUCAGCAGGGGCGUGAAGAAGUGCCUGAUGUGGAGUCUACCCAGUGGCUUAAUCUCACCAAUUGUGGAGUUGUUAGGGUCAAAACAGGGGAGAUCACCUUGGCUGAGCUAGAGAUUGAGUUAUCAGAGAUCUAUUCUAAGGAAUGGCCAUGGCAGAUCAGGGAGUUAGAAAAUGGUAUUUUCUGGAAGGACGGUGUACAAGUGGAGGUGCUGGAAUGGCUUGGAGAUCUCAAACCUUAUGGUGAGUUACAGGAAAUCUGGGUUCAGAUAUAUGGCAUACCCCCCAGAUGGUGUCACUGGAAGGUGUUUGCUCAGAUUGCCUCUGGCUUUGGGCUCAUGACCGAGGUUGAUUGGUCAACUCUUUUCAAAUCCUUCUACGAGAUUGUUCGAGUUAAGAUUGCUUGUAAGGACUUGAGCAAAAUUCCUACAGAAAAGGCUAUAUGA